UCCUCCGGAAAUCUCGUUGGUCCCGUCCGCGCCGCGGUGCAGUGUGGGUAGCCGCUGUCAGCCAUGGCGUCCCGUGCCCUCUGUGUGUGUGUCCGCGCAGCGCUGCGCCCAAUUCCCCGGCGGUCUGUGGCGGCCCUAAGCGGAGCCGUGUGCCGGCAGCACUCCACCCUGAGCAGGCGUGCAGAGCCGGCCCCGCUCCUCAGCACACAGGUCUCCAAUCACUUAUAUCAAUCAUGUCGCCAGUACUGUGCACCUCCCCUAACUCUGGAAGGCAUUGCAGAUCGAGUUUUAUAUGUAUUGAAGCUGUAUGAUAAGGUCGACCCAGAAAAGCUCACCGUCAACUCUCAUUUCAUGAAAGACCUGGGACUGGAUAGUUUGGACCAAGUUGAAAUAAUCAUGGCAAUGGAGGAUGAGUUUGGUUUUGAGAUCCCAGAUGCCGAUGGUGAGAAGUUGAUGACGCCCCAAGAGAUAGUAGAUUACGUUGCAGAUAAGCACGAUGUAUACGAAUGAAGUAUAUGUACCAAGUUCUUUGUUUAUUGUAGUUGUGCUGGGCGUCUUCUUGGCGCACCUGCAUGUUGUGCCACCACAGCUGCCGUCACCACUUCUUCCAGGAUCCUGUAUUUAAACUGUCUGUGUUGGCCUUUAAUAAAUGUAAAACCACA